AGGAUUGGUGGGAAUAAAUUCCAUGCAGCGGACAACUAUCCCCCAUUGACUUCACCUGUGGGGACAUUAUCAGUUGAGCAUAAUACUAGUCGCCCGCCCACAACUAAUACAAAUGCCAUCAAGAACUAUGCUCCUCCCAAAGUACGUGAGCACAAGCAUAAGAAGAAACAAUUCGGUCCUGGAGGAAUUGCUUUUAUUGCUGCUGGAGGAACAAUAAUGGCUACAGGUGUGGCACUCCUUAUUGCAAUCCGGUUAAACAAACUGCAUUCUCAAAGCCGGAACAAGAAUUACUCAGAAAGCAAUGAUAUCUCUAUUCAUUCUCAUCCAACCAGUGCAAGCAUAGAGGUGUCUUCUGCUGAACUAGACGACAGGCCACUUCUCCUACCUAUCAACAUUGCACCUCUUUUGGGUCCAAUGAAAUUUCCUUCCCUGCACCAUAACAAUGUAGAGGAAACAUCAAGAAGAAGUUAUUCCAAAAGAGGCAGAUCUACUAGAAGGACAAAAAUCUAUACCAUUGCGGAGCUUCAGCUGGCUACUAACUUCUUCAAUGAAGGCAACCUUCUGGGAGAAGGAUCUCUUGGUUCUGUUUACAAAGCUAAAUUUCCUGAUGGCAAAGUACAAUCUCAAACUCUUUUCCAAACACUGAAAUUGUCUUUUCAUCACGUUUAG